AUGGCCACCGUUUCUCCAGUAACCCAGCAAAUUGCGAGCUGUCAACGAGGAAAUACUGGGAAACCGGGAAACGUUGAUAUUCAGAUGUCGGACAUCGAAGGCUGUUUGCUAUACAAUCGAUGGGGAGCUAGUACAACAUUCAAGAGUUUAUUUCAAAACAACAAGGCGAUUAUUAUUUUUGUGAGGAGUUUCCUGUGCCACACAUGCAAAGAAUAUGUUGAUGACCUAAGCAAGGUACCCCGGGACAUUUUGCGGGAUGCAGGUGUCAGAUUAAUUGUCAUUGGGCAGUCAUCUUAUCGUCAUAUAGAGCCCUUCUGCUCACUUACAGGUUAUCCUCAUGAAAUAUAUGUUGAUCCAGAGAGAAAGAUUUAUCAGAAGCUUGGUAUGAGAAGAGGGGAGACUUUUAUGGAGGCAGCUUCUAAGAGCCCUCAUGUGAAAUCUGGUCUAUUCGUGGGGAGUUUAAGGAGUGCAUGGCGUGCCAUGACCAGCCCUGCCUUUGAUUUUCAAGGAGAUCCACUUCAACAAGGAGGUGCCCUUAUCGUAGGCCCAGGCCCAGAAGUUCAUUUUGCACACUUUGACAUGAACCGUUUAGACCACAUGCCCAUUAAUUGGUUGUUGCAACUGGCUGGACUUCACACAGUAGACUUUAGUGGACAACCUAAAAUAAUUGACAUUUGA